AUGGAUCCUACUAGAAGAGGUGUUUAUAGCUACAAGUUUGUGGAACCUUCUUUGAAGACAUUGAGAGGAUUGGGAGUUCGCCUGGUUUUUGACAACAAAGACAAGUUCAAGGAUGUCUAUGGGAAUCUCUUAGGCAUGCUUAACAUUAAGGUCAACAUUACAGCUCUUCACACUCUAGUGCAGUUCUACGACCCUCCUCUGAGAUGCUUCACAUUUCAGGAUUACCAGUUGGCUCCUACUUUGGAGGAAUAUUCACAUAUUAUGGGGAUUGAAAUUAAGGAUCAGACUCCCUUUGUCCCUACAAAGGAACUUCCUAAGUCUCAACAUCUAGUUGAAAUCCUUCACAUAGGGAAGAAGGAGGUGGAGCUCAAUCUUAAACCUAAGGGUAGGACCCAUGGGUUUGCCUUGAAAUUUCUGGUCGACAAGGCUAUUACAUCUGCCGAAGCUGAGAGUUGGGAUGCCUUUAACACUAUCUUUGCUUUAAUCAUAUAUGGGAUCGUGAUGUUCCCGAAUAUGGAAGACUUUACUGACUUGGCUUCUAUCUAUCUCUUCAUGGCCAAGAAUCCUGUUCCUACUCUUCUUGCUGACACAUACUAUUCCAUCCACGUGAUGAAUAAGAAGAAGAAUGGGAUUAUCAUGUGUUAUACCCCUCUGCUGUAUAGAUGGUUUAUUUCGCAUCUACCCAGCAAGGGUCCUUUUGUUUACAACGAGGGAAAUCUAAAAUGGUCUCAAAGGAUUAUGUCCCUCACAGCUGAAGACAUCUCCUGGUAUUCUAGAGUUUAUGGCGGUGUUGAGAUCAUCAUGGAUUGUGGUAAUUUCCCCAAUGUGCCCCUUCUAGGUACAAAGGAUGGAAUUAUUUAUAACCCAAGGAUAACAUUGCUCCAGUUGGGCUACCCGAUGGUAGACAAGCCAGAUUCCGAGCUUUUAGAGGAGUUUGUUUUGUAUGAAGGGGUUGAAAACUUAGAGUUCCAGAAGAGGAUUAUCCGAGCCUGGGGAGAUAUCCAUCAUCAUGGAAGGGCUGAAUUAGGAAAGAAGAACUGUAUUGCGAAAGAAGCCUACGCUCAGUGGGUUAAGGAGAAAGUCAAAGAGUUUUUAUUGCCAUUUUCGCUUGAACCUUCCAUGGUCAUCAAGCUUGUUGAGCCUGUUGUUGCUCCUAUUUCAGAAUUUGACAAACUCAAGGGGAUUAUCAAAGCGUUAGAGAAAGAGAAUGUGGAUCUCCGAUCUAACCUCGGUAAGCUCACCUUGGAGAAAGAGAAUCCGAAGUUUAAGCUCAACCAGAAAAGGGACCGAGCAGCCAAGUCCACCAAAGAGAUCCAGGAAGAACAACACAAAAGAAGGAAAGUAGGCGAUGCUUUGAAGGGUUCUAUCAAAAGCCUUUCUGUGAAGAGGAAGCAACUUGCCGCAACACAGUACAAAGUGUGCAAGACAGAGAUCAACUGCCAGGAUCAGCUCAAGAGGUUGCAAAGCCAGCUAGAGACUUACUAG